AGGAAGCCGAGCAAACUUCUCUGGAGUUGGGAUCCAUCGACAUCUAUCAUCCACAAACGGUUGAACGCUCAGCCAAGUCGCCGAUUCUCUUCGCGGUUUCAUCCUCCGUCAGACGCCAACACGCAGCACAUCAGCAGCACCGCAGCACGCCUCUUCAGUCGUCAACUACUCACAUCACUCCCGUCGCUCAGUCGCCUGCUCUCCGCCACUCAACCUUCAGCGGCUCAGUCAAUCGGCGCUUCCCUCAAUUUUCACAUACAACCAUUCGUAGUCCCGCAAUGUCAGUUUACUCUCAUCAACGCGAUUUCAUGUUCUGUAUGUGUGGAGCUUUUCUCUCCUUGGAUUCAAUCAAGUAUGCACAUUGCCCAGCUUGCAAAAACAGGGUUAACAUGAAAGAUAUCAUUGGAAAAGAGAUAAGCUAUACAAUUUCUGCCGAGGCUAUUAGAAGGGAGUUCGGCAUAUCUUCUUCAUUUGAUGAUUUUGAAGAAGAGAAGGAAUUGAAACAGAUGGAUUAUAAUGCAAAAUGCAAAGUAUGUCAAUACAUGGGGAUGGCAUAUGUUGCUAGACAGAUAAGGUCUGCUGAUGAAGGCCAAACUAUCUUCUACACAUGCACUCAAUGUGGAAGUAAACAAACAGAGAAUUCCUAGAAACAACAAUCUCGCCAUCUCCACUGCAUGAAGCUUUGUAUAUCACAUAUGCCUCUAUCUUAUUAACAGUUAGGGAAAGUUCCCGAAAUAGGACUAAAACAGUGUGAAAAUUCCAAAAUAGGACUGUAAUGUUUUUAUUCCCAAAAUAGGGUUGUCAUGUUUUUUAUUCCCAAAAUAGGCCUGCCAUGUUUUUUUAUUCCAAAAUAGGAUUGUCAUGUUUUUUAUUCCCAAAAUAGGAUUAAUUACUGCCAUGUUUAAAAAAUACUGCCAUUUUGAAGUCUGGUACUGCCAAAGCAUGACAAUAAUUAGUCAUAGUUUGGGAAUAAAAACAUAUCAGUCCUAUUUUGGAAUUUUCAAACUGUUUUAGUCCUAUUUCGGGUAAUAUUCUCUAACGGUUAGUGUCGUUGUUUACACCUUUUAUUAUCAUUCACACUUAAUAUUUCACAUAUUAUUAUUAUUAUCAUUAUUGCUAGUGUUGUUAUUAUUAUUAUAUUAUUAUUAAUCUGUAUGAUGCAACAAAUGAGAGUAUGGAUGUCACCAAGUAAGAUGCCUCAUGCCUGCAUCACUGCAUGUUUCUCAAAUGUUGUCCCUGCCUUGUUAAUUCAUAAUUGGUUUCAAAUCGGUCUACAAAUUCU